GAAAAGGCAGCGUCAUUAUCUUUCUUGGUCUCUUUUCUGAGUUGCGUCCAACCCCUCUCUCAGCGUCUCCUCCGUUCAGGCACCUAACCCUUUAAUGUUUGAAGAUCUAAUUCUUCCUCUCUCUCCCAGAGGGAUCAGAGAUCCUUGUAGUUCGAUUACUUGAAGAGUCUGUUCUCUGGUUUUGAUUCCAUUCUUGAAGCUUAAAAAUGGAGGAAAUCUACUUCAAUUUCAAUGUCAUGGAGAUCUUGAAGAAACCAGCGGUGUUUGAAACAUUUGUCGACAUUUUGGUUUGCGCAGUUCCUAUUUGGGUUGCAGUGAUGAUCGGACUGGUGAUUGGAUGGUCUUGGAAACCUCGGUGGACAGGUCUCGUGUUCUUAGGCUUCCGAAGUAAAUUCCGAUUUCUUUGGACUGCUCCGCCGGGUUUCGGAGCUCGUCGUCUCUGGCUCGCUUUCACGGCACUCUCUGCAUUCUCGAUUGCUAGUCGGCUUUGGUCCAAUUUCAAAGGGAAGGGUGAAGAAUCCAUCGUUUCUGAUUCGUCAGCGGGAACGGUGUUGCAGGGCGAGCGAAGUAGUAGUGCUGGCCUUACUGGUGAAGCUCUAGAACGAGAGCAAGACAUUGUCACCAAAAAAGAUUUACAACAUCUAUUAUACCUAAGGGAUGGAGAUAUUUCAUGGCAAAAUAUAAUGGAGCGCUCCACCCCGAACAUGCAAUACCAAGCUUGGCACCAUGAGCCUGAGACAGGCCCAACCAUUUUACGGAGCAGAACUGUUUUUGAGGAUGCGACUCCUGAGCUGGUUAGAGAUUUCUUCUGGGAUGAUGAAUUUCGACCCAAAUGGGAUCCCAUGCUUUCACAUUUCAAAAUAUUAGAGGAGUGCCGUCACACAGGAACGAUGAUUGUUCACUGGAUAAAAAAGUUCCCUUUUUUCUGCAGUGAUCGAGAAUAUAUCAUUGGUCGAAGAAUAUGGGAGUCUGGAAAGGCAUAUUAUUGUGUAACAAAGGCUGUACCAUAUCCUGAUUUACCCAAACGUGACAAGCCAAGGCGCGUAGAGCAUUAUUUCUCGAGCUGGAUCAUCAGGGCUGUGGAAUCUCGGAAGGGUGAUGGACAAUUAUCCGCUUGUGAGGUGACCCUUGUGCAUUAUGAAGACAUGGGGAUCCCCAAGGAUGUGGCAAAGCUGGGCAUCCGUCACGGAAUGUGGGGAACUGUCAAGAAAUUGCAUUCUGGGAUGAGAGCUUAUCAGCUUGCAAGGAAAUCGGAGGUACCACUCUCCAGAUGUGCGCUGAUGGCACGGAUAGCCACAAAGAUUCCCAUUGAUGGUAGCAUGAAUUUCUUAGAGCCAGCAUCUAGUAGUGAAGAAGUGAAUAAUGAUGAGAAUUGGGAAGUUAGGGAUCAUGGUUUAGAUUGGAAAUGGAUUGUUUUAGGUGGAACUGUGGCUGUGGUAUGUGGAAUUCAUUCAGGUGCAAUUGGGAAAGCUUUGUUAUUUGGAGCAGCACGGAGGCUUGCACGAAACUGAUUUCUCACUUGUACUAACUAUAUUUGUACGAUGGGGAGGGUGUCUUUUUUCGAGUCCAUAUAAUUUCUGAUAUAUAGGCCAUUGUUCAUGGAGAUGUGCCUGCAUAAAAUUGAUUCUUUAUAUUGGUAUAAUAUCUCUUUCUUUGAACACUUCA